AUGACGCAGUUCUUUUCCAAGUGGUGAGCACGUAGUGCCAACUCAAUAUUUUUGUUCCGGUGCUCUCGGGUUAAUUAAAUCGCUGCGUGCCGCUAUCAAUGCGUUGCUUAUCAGCAGCCGAACAAAACGCUAUAAACGGAAUACGGUUAUUAUUUAUCUCGGCCCGAUGUUAACUUGCCAACUCCGACUAUUUUGGCUCUGGCAGUUGGCUCCGGCACGUAGACCCACAUAGAACUACGACCAGAAAGGUAACCCACGAUGCGCUCUUCGAAGUGGCUGCUUCCGGUGAGGGUGCUGCUCACCUACCAGGUGCUGCUCCUACUCCUCCGCCAGGCGAAAGGCGAGGAGAGCCACUGCACCUCGGUGGCAGGAAUGGUCAAGCUGCUCGACUUGGAGGCGCAGCUGAUCGACAACCUAGAGGAUUACGCAGUCGAGCUGGAGAAGAAACUGCAGACCGUAAGAAGGAGCAUAACAAGUCUGCGUUUGGAAAAUGACAAAGCCCGCGGUUCCACGGAGGACUACCUAUCCAAUCCCCUGAACUCAUUUUCCCUCAUUCGGCGCAUGAACCGCGACUGGAUUAUUUGGCAACUCUACCUGGACGAUCCCGUGGGUCUUUCCCAGGUGGAGCGAAUUCAGGAGUUGAGGGAACACAUGCCCACCCACACGGAUGUGGAGGAGGCUGUGACCGCCUUGGAUCGCAUUCAAAGCACCUAUGGCCUUAAAGUGCCGGAAAUCGCCCAUGGACUCCUCAAUGGCAAACAUUACAAUGUGAGUCUCACUGUAUUGGAUACCUAUGCCAUGGGCCAAAUCCUAUUUGACCAGAAAAACUAUAUGGCUGCUGCUAGCUGGAUCUAUCAGUCUGUUGUAUUGAUGGAGGCGUUUUCCCUGGCUGCUCCGCUUGAGAUUUCCAAAAAUGAAGUGCGGAUGGUCUAUGCUGAAACUCUGUUAAAGCUGAACCAGCUCGCCGAUGCCCUGAAAGUUGUCAACAUUGCUCUGACUGAUAACCCACAAGAUAUUAAACUGUUGCUGAAGAAGUCGGAAAUCGAAACGAUGAUAAGAACGGGCACCAACAAUGCGCCUCCGGUGAAGGCUCAGGCAACAGUCGGGCCAACUGCCUACCAGAUGGGCUGUCGAGGUCAGUUCCCGCCGUCCGCGGAUAGCAAGCUUUACUGUCUGUACAACAGAACCACUUCGCCCUUUUUGAUCCUUGCUCCGCUCAAGAUGGAACUGGUUGGCCUGGACCCUUACAUGGUGCUCUACCACGAUGUGCUCUCACCGAAGGAAAUCACAGAGCUCCAAGGUAUGGCCACUCCAGGUCUCAAAAGGGCCACCGUCUAUCAGGCCUCCUCCGGUCGGAACGAGGUGGUGAAAACCAGGACCUCCAAAGUGGCAUGGUUUCCCGAUGGCUAUAACCCCCUCACUGUUCGACUUAAUGCCCGCAUCUCCGAUAUGACCGGGUUCAAUCUCUAUGGCUCCGAGAUGCUGCAGCUGAUGAACUACGGCUUGGGAGGCCACUACGACCAGCACUACGACUUCUUCAACAAGACUAACUCCAACAUGACUGCCAUGAGUGGCGAUCGCAUUGCGACAGUACUCUUCUACCUAACGGAUGUAGAACAAGGUGGAGCCACCGUGUUUCCAAACAUUAGAAAGGCCGUCUUCCCACAACGCGGAUCUGUGGUAAUGUGGUACAAUCUCAGGGACAACGGUCAAAUUGAUACUCAAACUCUUCAUGCCGCUUGCCCCGUUAUAGUGGGUUCCAAAUGGGUGUGCAACAAGUGGAUUCGAGAGCGCGAACAGAUAUUCAGCAGACCUUGCCUCAAAAAGCGAAUGUGAUUCUCAGCGAACUGUUUUCAGACAAGUGAUACUAUACGACCACAAUGAAACUCAAUAAAGUCAAAUUAAAAUCGAUAA